GGGACUUGUUCAAUAUGACAUUUAUACGUACCUAUGGCUCACUCUGUGAUCUAAUCUGGUUUUACUCUUAUAUAAGUUAUCUGGCAGAGCAAGUUUCUACACCUUAGUGUUAGAUUCCUUGCUAUCUUGGAUCAAAUGACGUCGUCCGCUAAACGGCGCCUGCAGGCACUCAGCCAGCAACUCGUCGAAGGAAUCCCUGAUGCAGGCACAUUUGAGGAUAUACCACGCAUUCGUUCCGUGGCGGGGGACUCUGUUGGACAACGUGUCAAGGACAAAGUUGUCAUUGUAACCGGAGCAAAUUCUCCCAUCGGAAUCGGAAGAGCGAGUGCGCACCAAUUUGCGCGCAACGGCGCAAAAGCUGUGUAUCUCUGCGACUACGACGAUACAUACCUGGCCACACACAAGCGGGAAAUCGAGUCUCUAUACCCCGGUGUCGAGGUACAGAUUCGCCAGUUCGAUGCUGGGGAUGCGCCGUCCGUUAAGAGUGUGGUUGACAAUGCAAUUGAGAAGUAUGGGAGAUUGGAUAUCAUGUUUGCGAAUGCUGGGGUUGUGGGGUCGACCAAGUUGUUUACGGAGAUUGAGCCGGAAGAGUUUAUGAGGACUUUGAGGACGAAUACAUUAGGUGUAUUCCUCGCUGCUAAAUACGCCGCUCCCGCGAUGCAAAUCACCUCUCCAUCCAAACCCUUUCCCUCCGGAUCAAUCAUCUGCACCGCCUCUGUCGCUGGCCUACGCUCCAACGCCGGUGGAACAGAUUACUCCGCCUCCAAAGCUGCGGUAAUUAAUGUCGCGCAAACAACCUGUUACCAACUCGCCGGUACGGGUGUACGAGUCAACGCUAUCUGCCCUGGUGUUAUUGAGACGGGUAUGACCAAGAUCAUGUACGAUGCUGCGCGGGCGAGAGGCACGGAGAAAAAGAUUGGUCAAUUGAAUCCGUUGGGGAGAGGAGCUGUGGCGGAUGAAGUUGCGCGUGUGGCUCUGUUUUUGGGCAGUGAUGAGAGUAGUUAUGUGAAUGGACAGGCUGUGACGGUUUGUGGGGGAUUGAGUGCUGGGCAUCCGUUUGUGCCUGGGAAGCUUGGUUGA